AGCCACUUUGUCGUCGAUAUGAAGAAGAAUCGCUCCAAGGCUGCUCACCACGCUUUCCUGCAAAGAGUUGACGCUGAAUACAGGGAAAAGCUGGCGAGGAAAGCUGAGAAAAGGAAAGUGAAAAAUGAGAAGAAAAUUGAGGCUAAAAUGGACGUCGAUGCGGUGGAUGAUGAUGAUAUUGAUCUGAUCGAUGACGACAUGGUUAAGAAUAAAAGGCCUCUGUCAACUAGGGACAAGAUGGCUAAAAGGCGUAGGGAAAGGCGAGACCGGCUGAAAAUAAAAGUCGUACAUGGCAGCGAUAGUAAAAUGAGGGAUGAUGACGAUAAGAAGAAUAAGAAGAAGUCUUUGGCUAUUAAGAAAGAUAUUUCUAAGGUUGGCCGAUAAAGAUACGGAUGAGGUCCGGUUGUGUACUACUGCUACUACUUCAUCAACAACAACGUAAUACGCCUGUUUCUAUUAC